AUGUCCGCAUCAGUCCUUGGGGAAUCCUGGGUGGUCCCUUCAGUCCGACCCGAAAAAGAAGAUGUGGCGUCCAGAGACUCGCCUGAGACUCCGAAACAAGUUCGGUGUAAAGGUGGUAGCAACCAUGGAUCGGAAUCUGUUACCUCGUCCACCUCGUCCGUAUCAGGCCCGGAAUUGAUUAUGCCCUCGAUUUAUGAGACACCCAUUUCCGAGGCAUCUUGGGUUGCGCCAAACUUGCGGUCCGAACAGACCAGUCCGCUGGAGUCUUCGCCUUUUGCCGCGCCGGUCAAGGCAAAAGAGACUUUUGCUGAUGUACCAAAUCAGGACGCUCAUUCGACCACGACGUCCAAGGAUCAAACACCGACCCGUCUGAGACUCCUCGAAACACCAAUCCAAACCAUAAUCAACAUCGUCCUCAUCGCGGCAAUUGCACACUUACUCGUCCUGCCUGAAUUUGUACAACAGUACCAGAUCUUGUGCGGCGUCGGCCCAAUCCUGACACUAUACCCGUCCAGCUGCAGCGCUUAUGAUCAACAGCGCUUCAGCCCCCACCAGCGUCACCAAUCAAAACCCCAUACAGCGGUCACAACCUCCCAAUCACGCCUCGAAUCCCUCUUCAAUACUACCCUGCAUGAAAUUGCCCCGCUCAACGGCUCUCUGAAACAGACAGAGUCACUAUUACGCACGGUUGAGCGAGAAUUGAAACGCGCCCACCCAGGCACCAAGCAUGAACUUGACCUCGAAUUCGAGAGCUGUUGGCGCGCCAUCCGCAUCGCGGGAUGGAAAUUCGACUCUCUCAAAGUCGACCUCCAAUCGGCUGUGGACAGCCUUGUUGCGGCAGGCGAUGUGAAGCCAACAACAGAUUCCGGCUCCUCCGUCGCGCAAGGUGCCCGGCUAUCCACCCAGAUGAUACGUCGCGAGCAGUACAUUGAGCAACUCACAUCGCGCAUGCGCUCCAAGGCUGAUUCGCUUGCUACGGACCUCGCCACGCUUGACGACCACCUCGAAUCGAUCGAGAGCAUCGUGGAUCGGGAGACAACCCAACCCCACGACCCUCUGGCAGAUCAGCCCAAGGGGUCAUCUCGCCGGUUUCUAGCAUUUGUCGAUGCCAUUGUACCCCCAAGCGUUAAACUUUUUUCAUUCGUGCGUCCGUCGAGUCGAGACUCGGUGGAAACAGAGGACACCUCAGAUCACUCAGAGCUCACACUAUCACAAAUCUUCCGCGAAGCCACAGCGCAUCACCGCCCCGUCGCUGAUGCAGCAAGAAACCUAUCAAAGCAGCUGCAACAGUUUCUCCAGAAUAAAAAGACCAUCCACUAUUGA